AAAUUUCCAAGGCGGGUCAGGUUGACCCAUAUCAUAACAGGAGGGUUCAACAUUCACACAAGUUCCAAAUGUACACGGCAUCCAGUUUUGAAAAGCUCCGUCAUGAAGCAGCUGCCCGCAGACACCGUGCGGCUGUUGUCCAGCUCACAGGUCAUCACUUCGAUGACUAAUGUUGUGAAAGAGCUACUUGAAAAUGCACUCGAUGCUGGGGCUUCCACCAUUGACGUCAAACUGGAGAACUAUGGCCUGGAUCGGAUCGAGGUCCGGGACAACGGCUGCGGAAUUAAGGCCUCCGCCGCUCCCGUCAUGGCCAUCCGCCAUUUCACCUCCAAGAUCUACAGCCACGAGGACCUGGAGCUCCUCCAGACGUACGGCUUCAGGGGCGAAGCACUCAGCUCUGUUUGCGCCGUGGCGGAGGUGGCCAUCACCACCAAGACCGAGGACGAUGACAUCAGCACCCAGUACACGCUUAACGCCCAAGGGAGCAUCGUAUCUCAGAAGCCGACUCACUUAAGCCAAGGUACAACGGUUAGCGUACUGAAACUUUUCAAGAAUCUUCCCGUGAGACGGCAAUACUACUCGUCAGCUAAGAGAUGCAAAGACGAGGUGAAAAAAAUCCAGGACCUGUUGGUGGCCUACGCCAUUAUAAAACCUCAAGUGAGACUCACACUCACUCACAAUAAGGUGGUGGUCUGGCAGAAGGCCAAGGCGGCCGACCACAGGAGCGCCCUCCUUGCCACCUUGGGCUCCACGACGCUUGCCAACCUGCUCCCAUGCCACCACUGUCAAGAGCAAGCAGAGAUUUUUCUCGAGGGUUUUUUCCCUAAGUCAGGCGCCGAUGUCUCUUCAACCAGCACUUCUGUUCCAGACAAAACAUUCAUAUUUGUCAACAAUCGGCCCAUCCACCAUAAGGACAUCAUGAAGUUACUUCGUCAACACUAUGCCGCGCAGUAUGCGGACGAGUCGGCGCAGAACCGCUACCCCAUCCUCAUGCUUCAAAUCACCGUUUCACCCUCUGCGGUGGAUGUCAAUCUGACCCCUGAUAAGACGCAGGUUCUCCUCCACAACAAGGAAGCCUUGUUUACUGCACUGGAAGCUCUGCUGGUCUCUCUCUACGGGUAUCGGCCCGCUCACGACUCCACAACGGAACGGCUCGGCCCCGAUGCCUCAUCUUCACCAUCCUGGAAUACCGACGCUGAAAAAGCGGAGGAUGAGAUCAGCGCAAUAAAGGAUGUUGCGGGAUUUCACACCCUCAAAGAACAGUCAGACGGCGCAGUGCGCGACAGUCCGCCACCAAGCAGACAGACCUCGAAAAGCAGCUCUUCGUCCUCGGCGGCAGAAGACUGGAUUGUCGAUCAGAUGCCCGCUGCCUCAGAGUCGAACUUCUCUCUCGGUGAUGAUGAAAGUGUAGGCUUGCCAAGCGAACUGCCCGCAAAAUUCAAAGACCAAGAAGCACACAUAUCCGCCGAGGACUGGAGCAAAGGCACUGCCCUAACGGACCCGGUGUCAGGACAGCCCCUGCAGCCCGUCACGAUCCAUCAAGGCUCCGCGCCGGGUCGUUCCGUUGCCGAUGAGAUCGAGACAAACAAAAGGACAGUCAACGUUAUCACGGAAAAGCGUACGGCUCUGACCGCCUUUGAUCUGAUCAGCAACCGGACGAUGAGAGCGCCACUAUCGCCGGUCGCUUUAUUCGAGAAGGAAGCCCGCGUCCAGGUUCUCAGGGAGAAACCGACCGCCAGCCUACAGGAGAUCAGCAAAGCCGUUCAUGACAGGUGGAAAAAUCUCAGUGAGGAAGACCGCAAGAAGUACGAGGAGAAGGCCAAAAAGCAGCUGGAGCACCACGACCGCACUUGCGCCGCCAAACUGGCUACCGCCGGUGGCGCGAAAGACCGGCGCACCUUCUCCGCUCCGGGCCAGAAGCGCAAGGCCCCGUUCUCCAACCAGCAGCUGCUGGACGAGCUCUUCUCGGCGCCACAGCCGCAGAAGAAGCCCCGGACCCCGAGUCCCAAGCCCUCGCGGCCCCUCCCCUGUUGCAUGUCGAGCCUUCGCGCACGACUCCAGUGCCUCUCGUCGUCCCGGAGCACGGCGGCACCGCGGGGCCUCCGUCUUAUAAACCGGCUGGCCUCUCAGAGCAUCUGGGUCAUUUUAUGCGGUCAGAGGCUCAUGUUGUUCAACCCCUUUCGGGUGCAGGAGAGCCUGCUGCUCCAGAGACUCCUGCGGAAUCAAAUACUUCCAGCCGUCACUCUGCAGAACGCGAUACAUGUCACGGAAGGAAGCUUAGGGGGAAGCGACGCCAUGGAGUCUUUGUGCAACAUGGAAAAACAGAGGCCGGAUGUGAACGGCAGGAUGUUCAUCUCUGACCCGAGAGUCGUGGCCAACGGAUUUCAAGUCAGACUCACGCCAGGCGGCGCGUCGGCCCAGAGACAUCUGGAAGUGACGGCGCUGGCCGACUGCGUACCUUUCCUCGGUGUCGAGGACCUCGGGGAAAUCAUGACAGCGGUUCUUCGCAGGAAGGCCAAAACUGUGCAGGAGUGUCGCCCGCUCAAAGUGUCCAACUUCCUCCAAAGCGAAGCCGUGCGACUCGCCCGUCAGAUGCCGGCGCAUCUAACCAGGGAGGAUGCGGAGGACAUCCUGAGACGGAUGCAACAGCAACUUGGUGAGAGCGAGCGCACCUGUUUCCACGGAAGGCCUUUCCUCCAGCCGCUGUGCGACAUCCCUCAGACGGAGCGCGAGGCCAAAGCUCUCGUUAAAACCUUUGGCACGAUGAAAGGCCAACUCCAACAGAAGGAUUUUGCUUUUGCGGCUGACCUAAUCUGAACAGUAAUACUUGGACACAUCACCAUGUCACACUUUUUAUUUUAUUUUUUAUUUUAACCCUCUUCCGACAGUAGUUUCUCUGGAAUCGCUUCUAAGGAUGUGGCAAAUUGGCAGUGGCAUUGUUUGGUGAACCAUCUCCUGUUGCAUUUUGAAAGCAAUGUGGAACAUUGAGUGUUCCCUCCCCUGAAAAAAAAAUCUGCCAUUCAUCAAGUAGACUCUUGCCAGUCGCGAAUAGUGAUGGACAUGCCAAGCAGAUAUGAAUGAAUAAUGGCUCUUGUGUGAGUACUUGAGCAGAUGGAUGCUCAAGUGUGAUGUUACUUAAAUACCAAAGAAUAUUGUUACAUGCUGAAUUUAAUAAAGCUGCAGCACGUGAAGUAGCCAAAAUGAGGGACUUGAUGAAGUGCUCCUCUUCUUUCGCGUCCGUCAAAUGCCGGGAAGCAACUGGAUGGAUGGAAUCACGGAGAUAUCGACGCAGUCAAGACAAUCUUCAUUCUUAUCCCGCUACUUCUUGGGGGCCGAUUAUCGGGAAGGGCUCCCAGUUUGAUUCCAUCCAUCCAUGAUCCUAUUAUCACACUUCUGAAAUCACACAUUUGCUCCAAUUACCUUUGGUAGCGUCAGAAUGAUAUGUUAAAAAUUAGGGAUGUUUCAGUCCACUUCUUUUCAGACCAAAACCAGUGUGAGUAUUUGCUCUUUGAGUCGCGAUACCUUCUCGUACGAGAAUUUCACUUCACCCAAUGACAAAAAAUGUGAACAAAGCCCUUUCCUCCUGGCGCAGCUGCUGAUGAUUCGAUGAUGUGUCAAACUGCCGCAGUAUAGCUACUGCCAAAUAGGACCCCCCCCCCCUUCGAAGUAUCGGUGGCUUGUAUCGGUAGCCUUCACGAUCAGUGCUCCCCACUUUCUUUCUAUAAAUAUCUGCCAGUUCUUUCCCAAUUUAUCCGUUGCAGUAGGCUUAUUUGCAUCAAAUAAAAAGACAAGAACAGCAGCAACAACAAAGAAAAAAAAGGAUUUAACCAAGCCUCCUGCACUGAUUGUCACUGAGACGGGGCGCGCAUGACUUGAAAAUGCCCGUACAGAAAUAAUCUGCCCCAAGGGGAAAAAGUGCAAUCCGAUCGCUGAUCUUACGAAAAUAUUAUAGUUAGGCCGGCGAAAGGUCAAAGCUCACCACGUGUCUUGUUUUACGUGAGCGGAGCCCCCUUCCAUAUGGCUUCGGCAUUGCUGCAAGCAACGGAAAGGGGCCGAUUCGCUGCCGCGCCGGUGCCUUGCGCGAAACGCUUGUAAACGCGCGCCUGAGUUUCCCGUGUCAGCAAAUGUAUGCAGCAGCAACGGAAUCCGCUCCGUACGCGCUCGCCUUAUCACCCAAGGGCCAUAUUCGAGUAAUUGGGGAGGAUUAAAAGGUCAGCGGGAGCUGCCUUAGGCCAGCUGUCUUUUUACGCCACCUGUUGCAUCCCUUUCCCUGCCACUGAAACCGAUUCAGCAGAUUAGCACAAUGCGAGAAUGCAAGUUUUUUUUUUUUUGUUUUUUGGGGGGGAGAUAGGAAAAGUCCCGAAAGGUGUGCUGUAUCUUGAAGAUGUUCUCCCAAUAGUUGCCAAUGCGCCAAGCGACCUCGUGCUUCUUUGGGGAACGUUCAGUGCAACCGCAGAUCGGCUUUCGCUAGGCCUUUUUUUUUUUUUUUUUUUUAACAGUCAUCAAAUCUAAAAUUAAAGACGUGAUCUAUAUUUAACCGCGUUUGCCGUCUAUUGUGGGAGCAAUGAUGGAGCG